CUCUCUCUUUCUUCCAAUAUUCUGAAUCGUCGCAUUUACAAUCUGCAAAUCAUCAGCGAUGAAUCCUCCUCCGCCGCGAAACCCAACCUGUGAUCCCGGGCCUGAACCGAACACUAAACCGGCUUCACAGAGCGAGGAAUCCUCCGCCCCAACGGAAGUCUCGUCGAUGAAACCUCCGCCUCCCAGAAACCCUAACCCACCUGAUCUCGACGCAACGGAAGUAGCAAACUCCGAUCUAACCGUAGAUUCCAAGGAAGUUUCCUUCGCUGCAGACUCGAAUAAUCCACCCCGUGCUCGAUCCGCGAAGCAGAGCCCCGUCCCGUACACUAUUCCAGAGUGGAGCGGCCCUCCUAGCCAUCGAUUUCAGCUUGAAGUCCUCAAGGAAGGCGCAAUCGUCGACCGUUUAGACGUGUAUGAGAAAGGAGCUUACAUGUUUGGACGUGACAUACUCUGUGAUUUUUCUCUUGAGCACCCAUCGAUUUCACGGUUUCAUGCUGUUAUUCAGUACAAGAGAAGUGGUGUAGCUUAUCUAUUUGAUCUUGGAAGCACUCAUGGAACUUUAAUUAACAAGAAUAAGGUUGACAAAAGGGUUUAUGUGGACUUGCAUGUUGGCGAUGUUAUUCGAUUUGGCGGUUCGACUCGUCUGUACAUUUUCCAAGGACCUUCAAAGUUAAUGCCACCAGAGAGAGACUUGCAAUUAAUGAGAGAAGCAAAGCUGAGACGGGAGAUGUCAGAACGGGAAGCUUCACUUCGGCGUGCAAGACAACAAGCAUCCAUGGCUGAUGGUGUUUCAUGGGGCAUGGGGGAAGAUGCUAUUGAAGAAGAAGAGGAGGAUGUUGAAGAAAUCACGUGGCAAACGUAUACGGGAGAACUCACACCAAAACAAGAAAAAACUAAGGAGAAAGUAUUGAAACGGUUGGAGAAGAUUGGCCAUAUGAAGAAAGAAAUAGCUGCUAUUCGAGCUAAAGACAUUUCUCAGGGUGGAUUAACACAAGGACAACAAACACAGAUCGCCAGGAAUGACCAGAGAACAGCCGAGCUUCUCGAAGAGCUUGAGACCUUGGAGGAGACACUAAAUGACAGCAUCCGAGAAAGUUUGGGUGCAAAAACAGGGAGAAAACCAAACAGUAAGAAGAAAGGAACUGUAGAAGAUGAGGAAGACUUCUCAAGUGAUGAAGAUGACUUCUAUGAUCGGACCAAGAAGAAGAAACCAUCAACACAGAAAGGCACCGAAAGCCAAACUGUGGAAACGGUUGACUCUCUUCUAGAAAAGCGAGACAAAGUUUUGAAAGAAGUAGAAGAAAAGAAUGAACAGCUUUCGGCAGAGAAGAAUAAGAUGGAGACAGAGACUGUCCCAGAGGUUUCUUCGGGAGACUCCCUUGAUGCAUACAUGACAGGGCUUUCUUCAACACUUGUGCAAGAUAAAACUGCUCAGAUCCAGCAAGAGUUGUCCACGCUUCAGUCAGAAUUGGAUAGGAUUUUGUACCUCCUAAAGGUUGCUGAUCCAAGCGGAGAAGAGGUUAAGAGAAAGGAGUUGAAGUCACAAGAACCGAAAAUGAAGAAAUCUGAAAUUCCUCCUGUAGAAAAGAAGAAGAGCCUACCUUUAAAAGCAGCUGAUGCUGAUGAGAAUAGAGAGAAAGAGGUGGGCAAAGAUAUAGAGGACUCGAACAGUAAGCCUGAAGUUGAAACCAAAGCAAGUGAAACAGCUGAAGAGAAGAAGACCACUGUGUUUGUUCCAACAAAACCCCAAUGGCUCGGUUCCUCUGCAAACAAAGACACAGUUGAAGAGAAGAAAUCUGAGACUGUAGAUGCUGCUGCUGCUAGUGCUACUGGUAGCACAGAUGAUGGUGAUGGGUUUGUUGACUAUAAAGAUAGAAAGACAAUGAUUGAAGGUGCAACAGGAUUGAUUAUAAGAAAACGGAAGCAAGAAGACAAGAGCAAAGAAGAAGAUGAAAUAGCAAAGGAAAAGGAAAAGGAAAAGCAAGCGGAGGUCAUGGCACAAGACGCAGUUGCUCUCUUGUUGAAACAUUCUGUAGGACAUCAUAUAAACAAAGAAGACGAAGGAGUCAGUAAAAAGGAAGAAAGUAAGCAAGGAAGUGGCCGUAGUAGAAAGAAAAAGAAGACGGAUAAAAAAGUACUUGGUCCUCAUAAACCAGAAUAUCUGGAUGAAACCACAGAUUAUGAUUCAUCAUGGGUACCUCCCAAAGGACAAUCUGGUGAUGGACGGACGUCUCUGAAUGAUCGUUUGGGAUACUGAUAGGCAUUUUAGUCGCCAAGAGCAAACCAUGGGAUCAAGAAAAGGUCAUAAGUGUAGCUUUAAACAUGUCAAGUUUGCAAUUUUCACUUUCGGUGGAGAUUUAUUGGUCACAUUCGCAGUGUUUAAUGCUGUAAGUUGAAAGUGUGAAGUGCUUCUUUGGUGGCUUUAUUCCCUUGGUUAAAUUAAGCUUCAACUAAAAGCAUAGCCCUCUUCUCUACCAAAAGAAACAACAUUUGAUUUCAGUGCAUAAUGUGUUAUUUGAUUUUAAGCUG